AUGUCACGUUCCUUGGGCCUCCAAAUCUCCCGCCUAACCAACCCCAACUUAAAACUUCAAGCAUCGCAGGUACGCGCCCUCAUCAACGUGCUCCGUCUUGUCGACAACUACCCCGCCCUCUAUCUCAACAAGAAUAUACUCCGCAAUGCCAUCCGUCGCUACGAGCAUGUCUGGAUACCCCUGCUCGCAAGCCUUCCCGCUGCCAGACGCACCAAGGUUGUCCCUCCCAUUGAUGUUGAAUGGGUCUGGUUUGUCCACAUGCUCUGCCCCGUCAAAUAUGUCGUCGAUUCCGCGGCCAUGUGGUCGGCGGUCUCUCCAAAGGAGAAUUCGUACAUUGUGGAUCACGUCUUGCUUGUAGACGCUGCGCGGAAACGAGGCAUAGAGGAAGCGCGUCGCUUUUGGGAAGCUCGUUUUCCGCAAGAACCUUAUGAUAUCACAUCCUCUCUGAAAACAGCACCGCUUCAAGAGGAUGCAGAGGAAAGUGUUGAGGUGAAAGCGGCCUCGCGUAUUUCAUACGACAUCGUCGCAGCGGCUGAACGCCAGAUGGCUUUCCACUACCAAGUGGCUAUCAUGCCGCAAUAUCAAGAUAGCAAAUGGCUUCAAAUGGCGGUCACCCGAUAUGUUUCUAUGUUCCUUGAGCUUCAGAGAAGAAGGGCCAAGUCAGUUUGGGUUCCUACCUACGACAUUGACGUUGUAUGGCACACACACAUGCUGCACCCUCGCAUGUAUGUAAAGGACACGACAAUAAGAACUGGACGGCUUCUUCCACAUGAUGACACUCUAAAUGACCGGAAAGCGGGCUCCAAUCUCAUGAAUCGGUGGGAAGAUACAGUGGAGACAUGGUCUCGAGAGUUUGGAACUUCCGUAGCGAGACCGGGAGGGAUGUGGAGAGGAAACAUCACUCCAGAGGAGCGUUUGUCAGUACCAGUUGUCAAAAAGUCGGUCCAGCUAUUUACAGAACAGAUCAGUACGCAGCAGUUGUCAUCGCUUUCAGUUUGUGAUUUAGAGACAGUGUUGAAGGACAGUGACAAAACUGUGUUGGAUCACAUUCUAUGGGUACACACCACCGACUCGAGACAAGCAAUGGAGACUAUUCAGAAAAGCAACAUACUUUCGGCAUCGGCUGCGACCGUAUUCGAAAGCUUUGCAUCUUUCAAAACAGAAAAAUCUGCUGAGAUUGCUCGUGGGCGCUUCUUCUACACUCCGGUGAUGGUGGAUGAAAUGGUCGAAAGUUUCAGCCCUUUUCUUGAACUAUACCAUGUUAAUUCAGGUAUGCCAUCUCUGUCUUAUCCAAUGGCAAGUGCAUAUCUAGCCAAAGCCGGGUCGAUUUGUUUCGGUAAUUCCCAUGACAAAUAUUCCUAUGCCAGUGAACCUGGGGGGUUGGUGUUUGUGCUCAGAAUUGCGGGAGAAGACUUCGGUCUUUUGGCUGCUGGAUGGCAAGGAUUUCAAGAACCAGUAGACAGCACCAGUGAUAUGGUGACAAACAAGAAGGGAAAAAAGCAAGAACAGCACUCUUUUCAGCACUGUAAACCUGAACCGGGCCAUUUGUGUUUGAGGUUGUGGCUAUUGGGUUCUGGAAGUCCAGAUAGAUGGUAUUCUCUGGAGAACAGAAGCCAGCCAGGAACCCCUGGUCAGUUUGAAAUGAAGCUACCGAUGCCAUCAGCAUCUGAAGCACUUCGCAAGACCCCGGCAAAGCUCGGUGCAAUAGGAUUCGAUCUAUCCGAUGGCAAAAUAGAAUUCGAACUGCCGGAACAUGGCGUGCCAGCCUGUCUCAUUGCCAUGGCGGCCUCGAUGCUUCAUGUGAUUCUGCAGCCACGCAUGGAACCUGCAGAAAAUGACUUUAAGACAUCAAUGUACCCGUCAUGGAGUUCUCCGCAAAAGGAGCACGCCUUAUUGCGGGCAGCCGGGGGCGAGCACUUUCAUGAAAGCAGUAGGCGAGGGUUCGUGGAAGUCUUGUUGCGUUUACCUAUGAGCAACCAGCUUCGAAAAAACAUGUUUUUCGCGAAAGCUGAAACGCUAUAUCCAGUCGGAGAGAAGCGAUGAGCGAAAGCUGUGAUUCUAGACGGGAGGCCAAGGUAAUGAGCUGAAAAAAGAAAUUGAAGGACAUGACUGAUGUUCACUUGUUCUUCAUUUUCUCACAUUCAUCUUCUGUCUCCGAAGAAAGCAAGAGUGCAAUCCCGUCAUUAUUAGAUGCAUUGCAUGUGCGAGGAAAAGCGGGGAUAGCCAGAAGCGACGUGAUGGGUUCGCAGCACAUGUUGAUGGAUUUACUGCGACAAGCUGUGUGUCCUGGCGACUAAUUUACGUGAGGCGAGAUCUUUCUACGACUGAAGCUCCCAUAUGUUGUAAAAGUGGAGACUGUUUCGAUGAAGCUUCCUUCUUGCAAAUACGGGAGGAUAUUGUUUUUCUCUCUGAUUGCUUGUUGUAAUGAAUUCGUUUUCGAGUGGUUCGGAUGUUAGUAUUGGGGGGAUGCUGGUGAUGCCCUGGCGAGGGAGGGGGGUCACUCUAAGGAUUUUGCCGGCUUUAAGGUCGUCGCGGGCACCAUUUUCAAGUGGUACUGAUACCUCUCAAAUCAAGAGUCGAGAAGCUGUGAUACCGCCAGCCGAACCCAGAGGUUCCCUUGUUCAUGCACAGCUGAGACCGUCCACAUGCCGAGGCAGUACACAGCAAGGAUGCGAGAAGAAAGUAUAUUUCAUUGGCUGUUCUUUCUUCCGUUGCACUGCUGUCGCGCCCCAUGUCUAUCUUCACUAUCCAAUGAACAGAGGUAGGAAUUUCUUGAAAAGGUAUCGCAAGUUUAAUUCUUUUACAGUUUACUUUGUACAACAAAUAAAUCACUGAACGAAACGCGGGCACAAAA